AUGUUCGACCUUCAGGCCCUCAGUGGCUCCUUCCCCCACAUCGUCGACUCGAUCAUCCUGUUCAGUGACGACGAGACGCAGCGGACGCUUCGCCUGACCUCCCGUUUCCUCCGCCAGCAUGUCGACUUGACGUUGCACCGCGCCCUCCGAGGUUCGGUUUGGUACAUCGAGAAUGCCAGCGGGGUUUUUGUGCGAGGGCUCGAUAUCGAUAGCAUCCGCCGAGUCGUCUCCCGCUGGGACGAGCAUCCCCACUUCCCGGGGUUGAAAGCUGCCAAGGCAGUCUUCUUUUGCGACACCCCUGCAGAUACCGCGGAACAGGUAGCUAGCCAGGUUUCGCCGGAUGUGGUUCCCUACGUAUGCCACUUCAGCAGUCCGGCGCACUAUCCACUCUCCAACGCUUCGCGUGCAGUCCUGGAGGUCAGCCUUCUGGACUGUCACUGUGACGAUGAUCGACCCGAAUACGACUACGGCUUGAACACCCCCGAUGUUCUCGUCACUCUCUGGUGGCAGGGUGCAGGCUGGUAUGACCCAGUCACCGGGGUUCCGACACCGGGGCUCCCAAUGGGCGUGUUCUAUCCUCCAGGGAAAGAGCCUCGCAUUACCUCCCCGACGACCUGUCGCCUGCUGAAGCAAGUGCUCCACCCAAACCUCAAGACGCUCCGGCUCCUUUGUCCGUUGGUUCUACUGCGCCCUGAAACACCGAGCUUCAUCUUUCCGAAGCUUUCAGCCGACCUCACGCUUCCGGACGACUUCAAGAUGACGAUUGAGAUCAACUCGCUGGAAGACACCGAGUCUGAGGAGGCACGGGGGGCCCGGAAGGCAUUUGCAACUUACUUGGGUGUGACGGAGGCCCAGGUGGAGAUUGAAAGAGAGGGCAAGCAGACUCGUCCGAGUUGGUGGCCGCCUGUGUACUCCGUCUUCGUUUAG